UAAAUUUUGCAGUGCCAUCUUCCACAAACAGCUCCCCACUUCAUAAUUUUCUCCUUAUUUCAUCAUUGCAUUAUUAUUAUUCUUCCCUUCAAUCUCUUAGAAUUAGAGAUGGCAAAAGUUGCAAAUCAGCCAUCGUUAAUUCCUAUGCCUUUUCUAGUCAUCUUCUUCGUUUUCUCAAUCUUUUUUGGUUUUGGAAUAACUCUCUCUAAGGCUGUUUCCCAAACCAGAUACUACAAAUUUGAAGUUGAGUACAUGUUUUGGUCCCCGGAUUGUAUCGAAAACAUUGUCAUGGGAAUCAACGGUACGUUUCCCGGUCCACCAAUUAGAGCCAAUGUUAAUGACACCGUGGUUGUUGAGGUGAUUAACAAUCUCUCCACCGAAGGUGUUGUUAUUCACUGGCAUGGAAUUCUACAACGAGGAAGUCCUUGGGCCGAUGGCACUGCUUCCAUCUCGCAAUGUCCCAUUAACCCUGGAGAAAACUUCACUUACGAGUUCAAAGUGGAUAAGCCUGGGACAUAUUUCUAUCACGGUCAUUUUGGGAUGCAACGAGCAGCUGGGUUGUAUGGAUCCUUAAUAGUGGAUCUAGAGGAAGGAAAAAAAGAGCCCUUCCAGUACGACGAAGAGAUCAAUUUAUUACUUAGUGAUUGGUGGCAUGCAAGUGUCCACGAGCAAGAAGUUGGCCUUAAAUCAAACCCAAUGCGUUGGGUUGGAGAGCCUCAGACCAUACUCAUAAAUGGGACAGGGCAAUUUAAUUGUACAAGCUUAGAAAAAUACAACACGAGUUCAGAGCAUUGUGAGUGGAAAGAUCAAUGUGCACCAUUUGUGCUCAAAGUCGAACCCAAUAAGACUUAUAGGAUAAGAAUUGCAAGUACCACUUCAUUGGCUGCUCUCAAUUUUGCCAUUUCGAAUCACACAAUGCUGGUGGUAGAAGCCGACGGUAACUACGUUCAGCAAUUUGUAACCUCCGAUAUCGACAUUUAUUCCGGCGAGUCCUACUCUGUUCUCGUCACCACUAACCAAAGCACAACGCAAAACUACUGGGCUUCCAUAGGCGUCCGUGGUCGGGAGCCUAAAACAUCGCCGGCACUCCUCCUCUUCAACUACCUUCCCAACUCCGUCGCCAAAUUACCCAUUUCUCCACCGCCAGAAAUCCCCAAAUGGAAUGAUUACGAUCGAAGUAAAAACUUCACAUAUAGAGUCUUAGCCUCUGCCAUGAACACAACAAAACCACCACCAAUCUUCACUCGCCGGAUCUCCCUCCUUAACACCCAAAAUCUUAUGAACGGCAACUUCAUAAAAUGGGCAAUCAACAACAUUUCAUUAACCCUCCCCUCAACCCCGUACCUCGGCGCCAUUAAGUUCGGUCUGAACUCCACGUUCAACCAGACCGCCCCACCAGAAACAUUCCCAAAGAACUACAACAUCAAAAUCCCACCGCCGAACCCGAACACGAACACCGGAAACAGCGUUUAUCGGUUCCGAUCGGGGGAAAUAGUGGAUGUGAUUCUACAAAACGCCAAUGCGUUAAGCAACAAUACAAGUGAAAUUCACCCUUGGCAUUUACACGGCCAUGAUUUUUGGGUUUUGGGGUAUGGAGAGGGGAAAUUUUCCGACGAAGAUGAGACGAAAUUGAAUCUGAAAAACCCACCGUUGAAGAACACGGUGGUGAUUUUCCCAUUUGGGUGGACGGCGAUUCGAUUUGUGGCGGAUAAUCCCGGCGUUUGGAUAUUCCAUUGCCACAUUGAACCUCAUUUGGAUAUGGGAAUGGGGGUUAUCUUCGCGGAAGCAGUUGAAAAGGUCAGGGAAAUUCCUCCGUAUGCUUUGGCUUGCGGCCGCACUGCCACACCUCAGGUUGUUCCAAUAAUCCCACGACCCAACCCACCGGGACUAGAUAACCCAUAUUACAUCAUUUGGAUUGGGUUAGUUAUAUUUUUGUGUGUGAUUGGAUUGUGUUAUGUAUGUCUUUAUCGUAUCCGAUUCAAUAAUUUGAGUUGGAGACCUUAUUUAGGUAUUUCGGAGAGUCAAUCCAACCAAAUUGAAUUUUCAGAUUUGUCUCAAUCCAACCCAAAUCCAAACCCAACUCAUGAAGAGCCCUAACGAGAACAAUGAUUGGUAUAUUCUUCCUUCGAAGCAAAUCUCUAGAACAGCCUAGAACACAAUUUUUUCGGUGUAAUUUGGAGUAUGUAGUUUGUUCGGUAUUUUUAAGAAAUCAUUUUUUUUUUUAUUGCUUGUUCA